AUGUCGAAGCUGUCGCCGGGAUUGAAAGCGUUGAUCAACGCGCCGUUUGCGAGGCCCGGGCCCUGCAAGGUCGUCAAGGGAGCGGCGGUUGUCGGGGAGCUAUUUCGCGGCAUUGCGAAGGAGGCGAGGGGGAGGGGGGUUGGGAACAGGGCAUGGUUGGCGAUAUCUGCCGCUGCAACAUUCACCCUCAACUCGCCUGAUGCGCUCUCCAUCCUCCACAGCAUUGCCGCAGCUGAGAGAGGAGGCUCACAGACAGCCCAAGUGCGCACCGCCGAGUUCAUCCGCGAAGUUGGGCUCAAAUGCAUCUCCUUCAACGGCAUCCCUCGCACCAUCAACUGCCUCAACGCCUUCCACGCGUCGCUGCCUCGCGACAUAACCUCCAAGCUAACCACAGAGCCCUCGAGGACGCUGAAAGCCGACAAUGUCGAGGCCGUCAAAGCCAGAGGCAGAGGCCUGUGGGACUCGAUCUACGCGCCGUUUGAAGAUAAACUGGUCGAUAAGUUGGGGACGUCGCAUCCGGAUCUGCCUGUGGUGAUUCUAAACUGCCAUUAUGGACCGCUAUUGAGUGAUCCUGAUGGGAGGAGAGGCGUGGGGAGGGUUAUGACGAGCCUUGUGGCGGUGGCGAGCUUGAGGGCGCAGACGGGGGUUGGGCUGCAGGUGCUUUCGCAUGUGUUUGGGUUGAGGAAGGCAAUUGAUGAUGGCUCGUUUAGGGAUGAUUUAGUGGUGGAGGAGGGGGGAGAGGAGGAGAGGGAGAGUGAGGAGGGUGUGAGGUGGUUGGCUGGGGAUGAGGGAGGGGAAUGGAUGUUGAAGACGGUGGAUAGAAUCGUGGAGGGAUUGGGAGGAAGCAACUUUGCGGCAAAGCUGUGA